UCUUCUCGUGUAGCCAAACCUGAGUGUUGAGCUGUCAUGGCAUCUUUUCUGACGAGUGGAUUCUGUCUACUGGCCGUGCUGGUCCUUGGACAGUGUGCCCAGGUGAAGAAGCCAUUUGUGUCAUGCGCGGGUGUGAUGUACAACAGCAGAUCCUACACCUCCAUGAUCACGGUCAAAAAUGGGGAAAAGUUUGGCAACUGGACAUGGCCUGAGAUGUGUCCCCCAGAUUACUUUGCCGUUGGAUUCAGUUUGAGGGUGGAAUCUAAACAGUUUGCAGCGGACGACACUGCUCUGAAUGGAAUCCGUCUCAUCUGCACUAAAAAUAGUGACAGAAACUCUAUCUACUCAGUGGAGUCCCACACUGGAUACUAUGGUGACUGGACCACAACACAGUACUGCCCCACCGGCCACCUGGUGUCCUUCCAGCUGCGCGUGGAGCCCCACAAGGGCAUCUUUGGGGACGACACGGCCGCCAACAACAUCCGCUUCCGCUGCAGCAGCAACCCCACGCUGGAGGGCCACGGCAGGGACUGGGGCGAGUACGGCCACUGGAGCGACACGUGCGUCGACGGGGGCAUCUGCGGCAUCGAGACCAAGAUGGAGGAGCACCAGGGCGGCCUGGACGACUCAACACUCAACGACGUCCGUUUCCACUGCUGUAAAAGCACAGCUCAGGCUUAGCCCAAAGACAGACCUGGCUGAUCCAGAUGUCUUCACAUUUGUUGGCAGUUUGUUAAAACCACAGGAUGUUCAUGGAGAAGACAGAAGGAAAUGAAAAAUUCACAAAUAAAUUCAACAUGCAACUAUCCGCUUGAAAAUCUCA